ACAUCGCUGUUUCUUUCGGUAUCGUUAUUUACAACUCUAUUAGGUCGAAGUUAGCAUAUUUUUUUCCCUCGCACAAUGUAAAUAAGCAAAACAACCUGGUUAAAAAUUCUACUGGACUUUUUGUCACAUUAAACCGUAUGGUAGUAUUAGAUGACGAUGAAGAAAAGAGUGCGUAGCUUCAUUAAGCUUCAUGGUAAUGGUCAUGCAAAGUGUGUGGCACAGAGCAUAACAGAAAGCUGGGAAAAGGAGUGCUAUGCCAAUGUAAAAAUUAUUGCAAAGCACAAUGAGCCAUGUAACAAAGGAUCAAAAGUUCUUUCAGCCAACAAAUGUGUGCUAGCAGCUGCCAGCAAGAAGCUUGCUUGGAUGCUGGCUGACACUGAAGAAGAUGUAACGAUAAUUGUUGCAGAACAUGAUUUUACUACUCUGAAGCUUCUUCUUCAAUAUAUUUACACAGGAGAAGUUUUAAUUGAUAACAAUGCUCAGGAACUACGGUCAUUGAUUGCUGAAUGGGAAAUUGGCUAUCCUGAUGUUAUUUCAGUUUCGGCUAUUGAAUCUAGAAGCAGCAAUUCUCUAAGCGUUCAACAGAGUAACAGUUUAUCCCAUGAACCUGAGAAAGAACCAUCCCAACAAAACAACACUGAAUGCAUAGAUAGAAUUGAUCAUCAAACAAAUUCCAUUGGAAGUGAAAUCCCUAUAGUAGGCAUUUCAACAGAUGCUCCUCCUGUUGAUUAUUCAAAUUCUUUAGUUGACAACCAUCCUGUAAACAAGAUAAUUCCAAAAACCAAAACUGUCUUGUCGGCAAAACACAGUAAAUCAAAUCAGUAUGUAUUUCUUUCCACAUACAUAAAGAAAUCCAAAAACAAGCUGCAUAAGAAAGCAGUCAAUUCGGUGACUACGAUCGGGAAAGCAGCUAAAUCGAAUGCCAAAAUUGUAGAAGCUGCCUGUGCUGGGGAUUCAGUUACAACAUCAAAUCAAAAUAAAGAAUGUGAUAAGGGAAACACUGCUGUUGGUGGGUUCCAAACCGUUGAGUGUAUGAAUUCUAUCUUUGGUGAAAAUCCAUCAGCUUGCCUAAAUAACCGCGACAACAGUGAAGUGGCUGAAGCGGUGGACACGGUGGAAGACCUAGAGGACCUUACGUUGGCUACGAAACUGCUCGAAGAAGAAAAGGCGAAUCAUCAAAAAUUAACCGGACUAAUGCUGGAUUUAUCAGAAAUGGUGAAACGGCACAAAAUCUACGCGAGACAUUUCCUUGGUUCCGAUAGCAUUGAUUCAAAAUCAGCUGGUUACAUAGCAUCACGAAUUCCAUGUUUAACCUGUGGCAAAAUAGUCUUCCGUGAUUAUAUGUCAACUCAUGUCAAGAUUCACACCACUGAGCGGCCUUUUUUGUGUGACCAAUGUGGUCAGACUUUUGCACUCCCCGAACGUCUAAGAAACCACUUGAAAAAUAUGCAUCCUGAUGAAUCACAACUUAGACUACAUGUUUGCUCGGACUGUGGCAAGUCAUUUAAAAAAGCAGAAUAUCUGAAACGGCAUCUCACUUUUCAUAAUGGCCUAAAGCCGUAUAGCUGCCCAUACUGCGACAAAUCUUUCCGUCUACCGAAUGUCCUCUUGAAGCAUAAGCGUACCCAUACAGGGGAAAAACCAUACGAAUGUGAAACUUGCCAUAGGAGAUUUUCUGCACGCACCAGUUACGUCGUACACUUGCAGACUCAUCGAAAGAAGAGCCGAGUAUUAGAAACAACGGAGACUGAAGUUUUUGUCGACCCUGAAACUCAACUGCUAAAGUGUGAUGUAUGCGACACAACUUUCCACAGAGAAUACGCAUUCCUUGUACACAAAGCUGCUCACAAGGGUGAAGUGCCUAAAUUGCCCUGUCGUCACUGCUCCGAGACCUUUGGUUCCUACAAAUUACUUCGAGAACAUACACGAGAUCAUCACGCGGAUUCGCUUUAUCAGUGUGAACAGUGCCCUAGCAUGUUCGCCAACAAAACGGCUUUGCAUUCUCAUCUACAAAUCCAUUUACAAGGAAAACAAUUUCCGUGCGAACACUGUAGUAAGGAGUUCCAGACCAAGGUGCAGCUACAGACGCAUAACCGCAGUGUUCAUUCGGAACUUCGCCCCUUCCCCUGCCGAUUUUGCGAUAAAACCUUUAAAUCGAAACUAACUUUACGCCAACAUGAGCGUAUUCAUACUGGAGAGCGUCCUUAUCAGUGUCCUCAUUGCCCGAAAGCCUUCCGUCAAGACGUUCAUCUUGCAAACCAUAUAAGGUUGCAUACUGGCGAGAAACCAUUUGUAUGCACGUAUUGCAGUAAGGCCUUCGCCCAUAAAAACAAUUUAAGCAUUCAUGUCAAAAUUCAUACGGGUGCCAAGAAUAUGUGCGGUGUAUGUGGACAAGUGUUCCGGAGUAUCGUUAAGUUGCGCCUUCAUGAGGCUAUUCACACUCCGCCUAGUGUUCAUAUGACGGAAGGAGAGAUUGCAGAAAAAAUUUUGUAAGGGCAUUUUCCUGAUUAAUUGAUGCAUUUACUCCGUCGCCACUGGAUGGCGUUUACCAAGCAUCACCUACGUGUAUUCUUAGUGUAUAUUACUGUUAUACUUUUGAAAACCAUAUAUUGAAAAAAUUUUGGUUUUACAGUACUUAUUUUUUUUUUCCUGCCCAUAUGCAUCUCCUGUUACCAAGUCAUGUACAUGUACAAUUUGCCUUAUCCAAACUCUUUUAUUUUAUCGUUUUUCGAAAC